UAAGAAAAGCGGCAAGACAAACAAGGUGUAGUGUAAUCUUAUCUCUAUGUUGUUGCGGGAGUAACACUGUUUUUUCGCAGACCAGAGCUCUUUGCCGCUCCACAUGGCGCUCUCGUUCUCUCAAUCGCUCUCUCAUCGUCCUCUGCUUCACCGGAAUCUUCCCUUCUCGCAGCAGUCUCAUCGCAUAGCUGCAUCUAAGCUCACUGCCGGCUCCCUGAAAUUCCCCUCCAUUCGCUGUUCUUCGCCGCCUAAUGAUAAAACCCGAAUUUCCCUCACACCUUGCAACCAUUCCAAAACCUAUUUCGACCCUGCGAUCGGUGACCCGCUCGUUUGUCGGUACAGUGCCCGUUUGGGAGGGAAGGAUAGUGAAACCGCAAAUGUAGAAGCAUAUGCAGUAGGCCGACAUAUUCGUAUGUCAGCCGACAAGGCUAGACGAGUAAUUGAUCAGAUUCGUGGACGUUCAUAUGAAGAAACACUUAUGAUAUUAGAACUCAUGCCUUAUCGAGCAUGCGAUGUGAUCCUGAAAUUGGUGUUUUCUGCAGCAGCAAAUGCUAGCAAUAACCUGGGUUUAAGCAAAGGAAGUUUAGUUAUUAGUAGAGCUGAGGUCAAUGAAGGUAAAACCAUGAAAAGGGUAAGACCUCAAGCUCGUGGACGAGCUUAUGCGAUUAGAAAGCGAACAUGCCACAUAACCAUUGCAGUGAAAGGUUUACCCAGUGAGGUUGAAGUGGAAGCAAGCCCUGCUUAAUUCUUUUCUAUGACCAUGUGCAUGUAUGCUUUCGUAUGAACUUCAUUUAGCCACUACAGGGAUGAAAAUUUGUGUAUUUUGACAUUAUGUUUUUCAUUUCCUUAAGUUUUUAGGUUCAA